AUGGAAGGCUCCAGUUUUGUUCAAGUGAAAUCCUCUUUUGUCGGUCGGCGCGAAGGCUGCAGUACUGAAAUGGAACGCUUUUCGGCAUACUUUGCCAUUUCACCUUGGCUCGUGUACAUCGCGUCCUUGCGACGCCUCCCAUCGCGACUCAUGACAUGCAGCUUCGGUCGGUUCCGCCAAAAGUCGCGUUGGGAUGAGCACAAGACAGUCGUGAAGCAUCACCGCAUCAGCUGA